UGGGGGGGGUGGACAGACGGCGAGGAACGCUGUAGCGGCGGGAGCGGUAAGCGUGUCUCUGGAGCGGGUUACUAGCCAGCCAUGCUCAACUUCGGGUCUUCCCUGCAGCAGCCUUCGGCAGAAAUGAUUUUUGAAAAACCAAAAGAAGGUAGAUGUUCCUGGAACAAUUCUACAGAGAAAAGUGAUUUUGAGGCUGUAGAAGCCCUUAUGUCCAUGAGCUGCUGCAGUUGGAAGCCUGAUUUCAAGAAAUACACUGAAAUUAGACCAAUUACACCAGCCUCUGAUGUGUCCGAGGAAACUGAGGAGGGCUUGCUACCUGGCACAGCCGACUUCCAUGCCAUACCAGCAUUUUGUUUGACUCCGCCCUAUAGUCCAUCAGACUUUGAAGCCUCCCAUGUACCCAAUUCAGUGGUGUCAGCGCCAUCUACCGGACACUUUAAAUCAUUUGCUGACACUUCAAAGCCUCUCCGUGGGGGUGAUUUUGAAGAGAAUGAUAAGGGCCAGUUACCAGCGCCAAGGCCUUUGAAAGCUCAGGCUACAAGUGUAAUUCGUCACACAGCUGAUGCUCAACUGUGUAAUCACAGAACCUGUCCCAUGAAAGCUGCCAGUAUGCUAAAAUACCAGGACAAUGUUUUUAAAAGAAGAUCUCACCUAAGUGUUGAGACAACAAGGAAAAAUGUGCCGUGUGCAGCUGUGUCACCGAACAGAGCCAAAUGUGAGAGCACCACGGUGGCCCACGUGGAAGAAAAAGCAGGUGCUGCUCUAAGUGACAUUUCCGUGCCUUCUUCAGAGACUGUCAUCUGUAGCCCCCAGCUACUUCCUGUCUCCCCAAAACAAAAGUCAGUGUUGGUCUCCCCACGUGCUACAUCAGCAAGUGGAGUUCCACCCGUGCCAGUCAUUUGCCAGAUGGUUCCGCAGAUGGUCCCCCUCCCUACAAACAACCCUGUUGUAACAGCAGUUGUCCCUAACACUCCACCUAGUCAACAGCCAGCCCUUUGCCAGCCUGUUGUGUUUAUGGGAACACAAGUCCCUAAAGGUGCUGUCAUGUUUGUCGUGCCACAAUCUGUAGUCCAAAACCCCAAACCUUCAGUGAUGAGCCCAAAUGGCACCAGACUCUCUCCCAUUGCUCCUGCUCCAGGUUUUGCGCCUUCUACAACAAAAGUUACGGCACAGAUUGACUCAUUGAGAAUAAGAAGUCACAUUUGCAGUCACCCAGGAUGUGGAAAGACUUAUUUUAAAAGUUCUCACUUAAAAGCCCACAUGAGAACACAUACAGGAGAAAAGCCUUUUAGCUGUAGCUGGAAAGGUUGUGAAAGGAAGUUUGCCCGCUCAGAUGAACUCUCGCGACAUCGCAGAACACACACAGGCGAAAAGAAGUUUGCCUGUCCUAUGUGUGAUCGGCGAUUCAUGAGGAGUGACCAUUUGACCAAGCACGCCCGUCGCCAUCUGUCUGCUAAGAAGCUCCCCAACUGGCAGAUGGAAGUGAGCAAGUUAAAUGACAUUGCUUCUCCCUCAGCACCUGCUACAACACAGUGAAAGUAAGAGCACCUGAAGACAACAUCAGAACUAAUGUUGGUCAUAGCCACUAUCAGCAGUGAUGUAAAAGUGCUUCCACUCCGGCCCGGAUGCUUUGGGGCUCUCGGGGCUUCUGGGGCAAAGGCCCACUCUGGGUUAGAGAUGAGAAAAUGCAGAGAUAUGGGCAGAAUGGGGGCCGGGCAUUCACAGAAAGGCAGAUUUCAUUUGCACACGAGGAGGGAAGAGAGUCUUUCCUUCUUCUGAAGGUUUCUGAUCAGGACAACAGGCAGCACAGUUUUUGAAUUGGUGUGCCUAAUGUGUUAGCACAUUUGAUCCCAACUUUGAGUGGGAUCCUUUUAAAGUACUUUGUGGUUUCAAGAGAGUAUAGACAAAAAAAGAAACAUGGUACAGAAGUAGACAUGUAAUGUUGGUUUGCAUUAAUUACUGCAAAUAUUGUCAUCUUUUCCUAGCUGAGUAAUUAUCUUGUUUCUUCGUAUCUCUAUAGUUAGUGAAUGCAGUUGUCAACUUUUAAUUAGUACUGGCAGUUUUCCACAAUUGGACAAAACAAAGCCAUUUGUGGCUGGAGAGGACUACCUAAACUGGAGACCUCAUAAAUUUAAUUCUAUUAAUGUAUAGCUCCUUGUGUUUUACUUUUUGUCUUUAGUCAUGAAGUUAAAACAAAUGACUUUUUAAGCAUCUCACGAUGUUCUAAACUUUUAGUUUGCCUGCAGUUUCCAGUGUAGAAUUAAAAAUUGUUUAUGCCAUUGUGUUUUCCCUAAACUCUUGAGAUACGCUGCACUUUGUGAAAAAAUUAUCUGAAAAUGAAAAAAAUCUUGCAGUUUUAAGAAGGGACAUCAAAAAUAAGUUACUCUUUGAAAAAUGGUUCUAUUAUAAGUAAAAAAUUCUUAUAUAAUAAGGAUAUAAUGUGUGCUGUAUUGAACUAGAAAGUUAGUGGGGGAGGGGGGAUUAUUGUUUAAGUUAACAAAAGGACAACCAAAAAAACUGUCCUGUUUUAGGAAUUUUUUGGGUAGAGGGGAAGUGGGAAUAAUUAGUACAUAACUUUCAUUAACAGUAUUUCUAUUAUAUCCUGUUGUAUCGUGGAUGUUAUACACAGUAGAGCAAAGUGAGCUGUUUGGCAUAUACAAUGAAAUUUUUCAUUAUAUUGUUUCUUUAGCAUUUUUAUAUGUAUCAGGUUUAGUUUUUAAACAUUCAGGUAAAGGCCAAAAAGCAAUAUUACCUCUUCAAAUUUUUUCUUAAUAUACAGUUUCAAAACUUGGCCCCAUGGGAAACAUUAUAGAGAAAUUUCAUUGUAAUGUCAAAAACAUUCUUGUGACUACUUUAAGAUUUGCACAAUAUUUCUUAUGUUGUACUUUAUAUCUUGUUUACAAUAAAUAAUUUUCUUUGCUA